AUGUUCACAUUAAAGACAGUUGCUAAAUCAUCAAUUCAAACCAACUUAAAGAAUGGUUUGAAGUCAAUUAGCGGUAGCAAUGUUGCUUCAUUAAAAAGAAAUUUCGCAACUAGCACUACCUCUAACCAACCAAAAUCAAGAAAGGAUUUAUCAGAAUCAUUUUUAGAUGGUACUUCUUCAGUUUACGUUGAAGAUAUGUAUUCCAAUUGGUUAAGAGAUCCAACCUCUGUUCACAAAAGUUGGGCCUCUUUCUUUGAAUCAGCCGACAAAGGUGCUCCAAUCGGUGAAGCUUAUAUCGCUCAACAAGUUUCUGACAGUAUGAAAUUAUUAUUAUUAGUUAGAGCUUAUCAAGUUAGAGGUCACGAAAUGGCCACUUUAGAUCCAUUAGGAUUACAAGCUAACAGAGAACCAGAAGAAUUAAACCCAGCCAAAUAUGGUUUCACCGAAGCUGAUAUGGAUAGACCAAUUCAAGUAGGUGAUGGUCUUAUCUCAGGUUUCCUUACAAACAACGCCCCUCAAACUACACUCAGACAAAUCUUAAAAAGAUUAAAAGAAGUUUAUUGUGGUGAUAUUGGUGUCGAAUAUAUGCAUAUUCAAGACAGAGAAAUGUGUGAUUGGAUUAGAGAAAAAUUCGAAACUUUUGAUCACUAUUCAUUCGAAGCCAAAGAUAAAAUUAAAAUUUUAGAGAGAUUAUCAUGGGCAGAUCAAUUUGAAGGAUUUUUACAAUUAAAAUAUAGAGCACAAAAACGUUUUGGUUUAGAUGGUUGUGAAUCAUUAAUUCCAGGUAUGAAGGCAAUGAUUGAUACCGCAACUGAUGACGGUGUCGAAUCAAUUGUUCUUGGUAUGCCACACAGAGGUCGUUUAAAUGUUUUAGCUAAUGUUGUUAGAAAACCAUUACCAGCCAUUUUCAACGAAUUCAAUGGUGGUGUUAUUUCAAUUGAAGGUGAAUACUCAUCAACAGGUGAUGUCAAAUAUCAUUUAGGUACCAGUUACGAUCGUGUUACUAGCAGUGGUAAAAAGGUACAUUUAUCAUUAGUUGCCAAUCCAUCACAUCUUGAAGCCGUUAAUCCAAUCGUUGAAGGUAAAGUUAGAGCUAAACAACAUUAUGCUAACGAUAGUUCCCAAAAGAAAUCUUUAGCAGUUCAACUUCAUGGUGAUGCUUCAGUUGCUGGUCAAGGUAUUGUCUAUGAAACUCUUCAUCUUUCAAAAUUAGAUCACUAUUCUACUGGUGGUACAAUCCAUAUUGUAGUAAACAAUCAAAUUGGUUUCACUACCAAUCCAUAUUGCUCACGUUCCUCUAAAUACUGUACCGAUGUUGCUAAAACUAUUGAUGUUCCAGUAUUCCAUGUCAAUGGUGAUAAUGUUGAAGCAGUUGUUCACGUUUGCAAGAUUGCUGCUGAAUGGAGACAAAAAUUCCAAAGAGAUGUUUUUGUUGAUAUUGUUUGUUAUAGAAAACAUGGUCACAACGAAACUGAUCAACCAAAAUUCACUCAACCAAUUAUGUACGAUAAAAUUGCCAAACAAAUCCCAAUCAUCGAAAAAUACUCUCAACAAUUAGUCAACGAAAAAGUUCUCACCCAAGAACAAUACUUACAAAUUAAAAAUAUUAUUCAUGAAUCCUACGAAAAGGGUUAUCAAGAAGGUAUGAAAUAUACACCAAAAGCUAGCGAUUGGUUAGAAAGUCGUUGGGAAGGUUUCAAAUCACCAAUUCAAUUAGGUCACCCAGGUAAAACUGGUAUUCCACAAGAUUUAGUUCAACAAAUUGGUAAAGUUCUUUACACUGAACCAGCCAACUUUGAACUCCACUCAACCAUCAAGAGAAUCUUAAAAGAAAAGAAAGAAAUGUUUGAUAAGAAACAAGGUUUCGAUUGGGCCACCGCUGAAGCCCUCGCUUUUGGUUCACUCCUUUUAGAAGGACACCACGUUCGUCUCUCUGGCCAAGAUGUCGAAAGAGGUACCUUCUCACAUCGUCAUGCCGUUUUACACGAUCAAAAUACUGAUGCCACCUACACUCCAUUAAAACAACUCGGUAAAGAAUUUGGAAAACCAGCCGCUGAAUUUGAACCAUCUAAUUCAUCAUUAUCAGAAUUUGCAGUUCUUGGUUUCGAAUUAGGUUACUCUUUAGAAAAUCCAAAUGCUUUAGUUAUGUGGGAAGCUCAAUUUGGUGAUUUCUCAAAUGGUGCUCAAGUUAUUAUUGAUCAAUUUAUUUCAAGUGGUGAACAAAAAUGGAUGAGACAAAGUGGUCUCACCAUGCUUUUACCACACGGUUAUGAUGGUGCUGGUCCAGAACAUUCAUCAUGUCGUAUCGAACGUUAUCUCCAAUUAUGUGAUGGUGAUCCAAAUAAGAUCCCAGCUAGAGAAGAAGCUGAACGUAAACAACUUCAACACAGUAAUAUGCAAGUACUCAAUUGCUCAACUCCAGCAAAUUAUUUCCAUGCUCUCCGUCGUCAAGUUCACAGAGAUUUCAGAAAGCCAUUAGUUAUCGCCACACCAAAAUACCUUUUAAGAUACCAAAAAUCUUUCAGUAAAGCUGAAGAAUUCUCUACUGAUUCAUUCGCCCGUCUCUAUCCAGAAGCUUUCCCAGAAGAAAUUAAUUCACCAGAAAAAGUUUCAAGAGUUAUCUUCUGUACUGGUCAAGUUUAUUACAGUUUAAUUCAAGCUCGUGCUGAUCACAAGAUUAAAGAUGCUGCUAUUGUACGUGUUGAACAACUUCAUCCAUUCCCAUUCGAUUUAGUUCAAGAUCAACUCGCUUAUUAUCCAAAUGCUAAAGCUAUUUGGGCUCAAGAAGAACCAAUGAAUAUGGGUUACUGGAACUUUGUUCACCCAUACUUUAUGUCAACUUUCAAGAAUAUGAACCGUCCAUUCGAUCUCACUUAUGCUGGUAGACCAUCAUCCGCUUCACCAGCUGUUGCCAGCCAUACCCUUCAUAAAUUACAAUUAGAUAAUCUUUUAAGCGAAGCUUUGGGUAUUUCAAAAAAAUAAAAAUAUAGUUUCUAAAUAUAAAUAUAUU